AUGUCCGGUAUUGAGAUCAAGAAAAUUGAUGCAAAUUGUACGCUAUUCGUAUUCACCAAUGGUUCGUUAACUGUCGCCAUUCGACACGGUGAUAUUGGCAAAGAAAUAUGCGAUGCGCUUGUUAAUUCUACUAAUAAAUACAUGAAUCCAAAUGGAGGAGUUGAUAGUUCGAUUCAUAUCAAGAUGGGUCAGUUCUAUACAGAUCAAGUUGUUUCGAUUCACAAAGCUAUGGAAGAAAAUGCCUGUCCUGUUGGACAAGCGCGAAUAUUUAUUGCGAAGUUUGACUUGAAAGAGACAGAUGUGCCAUUCGUAAUCAAUACUGUUGGUCCGAUUUAUACUGAAGCCGAAAAGGAACAUGUUACUUUUAUGUUAGCAUCGUGUUAUAAUUCAUCGUUAACACUUGCAAAUAUCUAUCAGCUAACUUCAAUUGCCUUUCCUGCAAUAUCAUGUGGAGCGAAUCGCUUUCCUCCACGGGAAGCAGCGCGUGUUGCCAUUGAAUCUGUACGACAGUUUUCAUGUAACAUAAAAGAUGUUCGAUUUGUCUUAUUCGAUCGACCAGUGUAUGACGCUUUUCUUCGAGAAUGGACAAAAUAUGCGCAACAAGUUAAUAACGAAACGCACACGACGAAUUCUUUAUUAUCUAUGACAAUAUCAACGGAACCAAAGCCGGCCGGUAGAUAUUGUGUAAUUUGCAAAGAACAACGAUUACCUAUCGAUCGGCAAUUGUUAUGUUCAACUUGUUCGGAACUGACACGCUCAGAAAUCUUCAGUCGAUUUCUAGCAAGAUUACGUAUCGCUGCCGAUAUAUCUUACAAUGAACUUGUUCACGAAUGUGAAGUACUGAAACCGAUCUUAAGAUCUUACCCACUUUUCUACACUCCGAUAAAAACAUUCGAUGCGAAUAUUCAUAAGCGUGACAAUGUCGCUGAAUAUUACUUGAAUGAUUACUGUACAAAGAACUUUCAUAACUCAAAACCGAUUGCCGUUGUCGGUGAUGGAAAUUGUCUGUAUAAUUCACUCGUUCGAUUGGUUGAAGCUGGUGGAACGACAACGUUAGCAGCGGGAACAUCUGCGUUAACACCAGUCGAGCUUCGCGCGAGAAAUAUCGUGGAACUCAUUCUUAACAUUCGAGUCUAUCAAGCUCAAUACCAACAUUUAUCAGCCGUGUUGGGAAAAUUUGAACAAUAUGCAACAAAAGAAAUGGUUCGCGAUUCAACUCUCGUAUCUGCUUGGGAUCUCCUCAGUCUUCCAACUGUAUUAAACAUUAGCAUCACAUGUGCCUAUCCGUGCGUUAAUGGCGAAAAAGAUCUCGAAUUUAUAGUGCUUAACAAUGCUCUUUUCAUACCAUUAGUCAAGGAUAAUAACACUAGUCCUAAAUCGGCCGAAGGAACAGAAGCGUCAUCUGAAUCAAUCGAAAUUAAACUACUUUUUUCGCAUUCUCAUCGACCUAUUAUUAACGCUUCACCAAACAACAAGAAAAAAUGGGUACCAAAUCAUUUUGUACCAUUACUCGGUUUGAAAUAG